AUGAAGGCCCCAUCCCCGGGGGGACUCACGUCAUGCAGAACAGGCAACCCGAUCGACGACUGCUGGCGGUGCGACCCUGAAUGGGAGACCAACCGCAAAGUCCUCGCCGACUGCGCCAUUGGCUUCGGCCGCAACGCCACCGGCGGCCGCGACGGCGACUUCUACGUCGUCACGUCCCCCAACGACGACCCCAAGAGCCCCACCCAAGGCACCCUCCGCCAUGCCGUCAUCCAAGAUGCUCCUCUUUGGAUCAUAUUCGACCGAGACAUGACAAUACAACUAAACCAAGAGCUUAUCAUGAACUCCUACAAGACCAUCGACGGCCGGGGCUUCAGCAUCGAGAUAUCUCACGGGCCUUGCAUAACGAUACAAGGCGUCACUAAUGUCAUCAUACAUGGUAUUUAUAUACAUAAUUGUGUCCCCGCAGGAAAUGCAGUCGUGGUCGAUAGGCCCGGUCAUUAUCAGUUGAGGGGAGAAUCGGAUGGAGAUGGAAUAUCGGUGUUUGGGGCUCGUGAUGUGUGGAUCGACCAUUGUACGAUGUCUUCGUGCCGUGACGGGCUUAUCGAUAUAGUUUCUGGGUCAACUGCAAUAACAAUUUCGAACAAUUAUAUGUUUGAGCAUAACGAGGUUAUGCUGAUGGGGCACAACGAUGAUUAUGUGGCGGACCGGAAUAUGCAGGUCACCAUCGCUUUUAAUUACUUCGGAAAAGGUUUGAUCCAGAGGAUUCCCAGGUGUAGACAUGGGUACUUCCACAUUGUGAACAAUGUGUACACUGGUUGGGGAAUGUACGCGAUUGGCGGAAGUGCAAAUCCUACGAUCAAUAGCCAGAGCAAUGUUUUCAUUGCAUCGGGUGAUACAAAAGAGGUGACUAAACACGAAACCCCUCCGGGAGACAACGAGUGGAAGAAGUGGAAUUGGAGAUCGGACGGUGAUCUACUGAUGAACGGGGCCCACUUCACGACUUCCGGAAACAGGACUUCGGAGAGCUACAUAAAAGCUUCGAGCAUGGUUGCGAGACCAGCCUCGCUUUUAACUAGAAUUGUACCAUCUGCAGGUGUUCUCAACUGCAAGUUAGGCCAACUCUGCUAG